GUUGGACUGUAUUACUCGGAAGAAGAGACUCAACCGACUGCAAGUUUGAGUACCGCAAAUAGUGACAUACCUGCACCAACUUUAAAUCUUAGCAGUCUUAUUUCUUCCUUUUCUAAUAAAGGUUUCAGUUCCAGAGAAAUGGUCGCUCUCUCAGGUUCUCACACGAUAGGACAAGCAAGAUGCACUACUUUUCGCGAUCGUCUCUAUAACGAAACUGAUAUAAAUGCUUCAUUCGCUACAACGGUUAAAUCGAACUGUCCACAAAGUGGAAGUGACAAUGACAUCUCUCCAUUAGACGCCACAAGCCCAACCACAUUUGAUAAUAUUUACUAUAAGAAUCUGCGAAUUCAAAAGGGUCUUCUUCAUUCUGACCAACAACUCUCUAGUGGAGGCUCAACAGACUCUAUUGUUAACACUUAUAGCUCUAAUUCAGCCACUUUCUUCACUGAUUUUGCUAACGCCAUGGUGAAAAUGGGUAAUCUUAGCCCACUUACUGGCUCAAAUGGUCAAAUCCGCAAAAAUUGCAGGAAGAUCAAUUAAGGUUUCGUAUAAAAACGAGAUUUUCUAAAAUUUGAUAUCGAGAUUUCAAGUGUUAUGUUUUUUUUUUUAAUUAUUAUUGAACUUGGAUGUUCUUGUUUUGUUAAUUUGGAGGUAAAUGAGGCAAAGUUCCCCCCUCCAAUGUGUAACUUUUUAAUGGUUGAAAUAAGAUAAUUAAUGUUUUUAUAUGUUGAA